AUGAAUGGACUUAAAGCUUUAAUUUUUAUUUCUGUUGUCGCCUGUGCUGUGUCGGCGCCAUCUUCCUCAUAUGACACACUUGAGACCAACCACGGACCGUAUCCUUCAGACUUUUCUUGCAUAGAUUUCACAGAUGACUACGCAUGCGCAGGGAUCCAUGACGGUGACUACCCGCUGUGCACUUUUUGUCAGUAUGGCUACUAUGCUACGUGCUCAAACCAAAUCCUGCACAUCAGGCCGUGCCCUGAUGCCUACUACCAAGGAAACGCCUUCGUCAGCAAGAUGGUCUUCAACUCCAAAACACGAGAUUGUCAGAAAUUUGCGCCUAAUUGUCCAAGAUAUUAA